AUGGCUCACUAUAAGGAUGUAUCUGUCAGGAAGACUUCGUUAAACCUGGUCACUGGAUUUUUUCAGUAUCUACGUGAUGAGCAAGAGGCAGUGCAGAAGAGAACCUUCACAAAAUGGAUCAAUUCUCAUUUAGCGAAGCAUAAACCACCCUUUGAGGUUAAUGACCUUUUUGAAGACAUCAAAGAUGGGGUGAAGCUUUUGGCUCUUUUGGAAGUGCUGUCUGGCCAAAGACUACCCUCUGAACAAGGCCGCCAGCUGAAGAGGAUUCACUGGGUUUCCAACAUCGGCACUGCCCUCAAAUUCCUCGAAGGCAGGAAGAUCAAACUUGUUAACAUUCAUGCCACCGACAUCGCAGAUGGACGACCAUCAAUUGUCCUUGGGUUGAUAUGGACCAUUAUCCUCUACUUCCAGAUUGAGGAAUUAACCAGCAACCUGCCAGCCCUCCAGGCCCUGUCUAACAGCAACUCAUCUGUGGAGAGUAUACCUAACUCUGAAACAGGAAGCCCCCCCAUGAAGAGGAAAGUGGUUAACAAAUUUCAGGGCAAUGCCAAGAAGGCCCUGCUCAGAUGGGUGCAGUGCACGGCUGCCAAGAAUCAUGGACUUGAGGUCAAGGACUUUGGUGCCAGCUGGCGCAGUGGCAUUGCGUUCCAGUCAGUGGUGUAUGCCAUCAGGCCAGAUCUGGUGGAUAUGGAGGUGGUACGGAGGAGGAGCAACAGGGAGAAUUUAGAGGAGGCCUUUUCAAUUGCAGAAAAUGAACUUGGCAUUCCUCGACUGCUCGAUCCAGAAGAUGUGGAUGUAGACAAGCCAGAUGAAAAAUCCAUCAUGACAUAUGUGGCUCAGUUCCUCAAACACUACCCGAACCCUCACCACUCGGAAACUGAUGGACAACACGAUGAGCUGCUUCUUGGCUCAAUUCCAACUUUUGCACUGUCGAUGCCAGUGCUUCAGUUUGCUCCCCAAGAUAUAGAACAAAUGCUUGAGAGAGAGGAGCGGAAAAUGCUGAGAGAGCUAAAGGUGUUUUUAGACCAGCUGGAGAGAGAUGUGCUGAGGGCCCAAGGAGCAGAGGGAAACCUCACUGACAAAUAUCAGGCAUUCAAGAACUUCCGUGUACAGUAUGAGAUGAAGAAAAAACAGACAGAUCCACUGCUGCAACCAGUCAACAGAGAUGGCAAGCUGUCUGUGGACCAAGCUCUGGUCAAGCAGGCCUGGGACCGCGUGUCUGCCAGGCUGCUGGACUGGCACAUCCAUCUGGACAAGUCCCUGCCUGGCCCUCUGGGAGUGAUUGGAGCCUGGCUUCACAGGGCAGAGAUGGCUCUAAGGGAGGACAUUCCCAUCCAGCAUGCUCAUGACGAAACGGCCAAUGUUCUUCACAGAAAACUAGAGCAGCAUAAGGAGGUACUGAAAAACUUGGAAUCGCACAGGCAACCCUUUCAGCAGAUCCACAGGGACAGAUCAGUGAACGGGGUACCUGUCCCACCUGAACAGCUCCAGGACAUGGCUGAACGGUUCAACUUUGUGUCGACAUCAUCGCACGCUCACCUGAUCAAACUGGAAUUCUGUGAAAUGAAGUAUCGAGUGAUGGCGUUUCUUGUGUUGGCUGAGUCAAAACUCAAGUCCUGGAUCAUUAAAUACGGCCGACGGGACUCGGUUGAACUCUUGUUGCAAAGUUACCUUACUUUCAUUGAAGGCCACAGGUUCUUUGAACAAUAUGAGAUCAUCUUCACAUCCCUUAAACAAGCAGCAGAGGUGUAUAUAAAGUCUGACAGUUCAAGGUCUAAGACCUGUAACAAAGUUGACGAAGCAGAAGGGGUGAGUAAAUUUCUCAGUGAUGCCACAGCUCAGUGGAGAAACCUGGCUUUGGAGGUGCGAAGUGUUCGUAGUAUGCUGGAGGAGGUGAUCUCUAACUGGGAGAAGUAUAGUAGCACAGUGGCAGCUCUGCAGGCGUGGCUGGAGGACGCUGAGCAGAUGCUCAACCAGUCAGAGAAUGCCAAACGUGACUUUUUCAGAAACUUUGCUCACUGGAUCCAGCAGCAUAUGGACAUGAACGAUGCCGGGAACUUCCUCAUUGAGACCUGCGAUGAAACAGUCUCACGAGAUCUAAAGCAGCAGCUUCUUCUUCUGAACGGGAGAUGGAGGGAGCUUUUUGUCAAAGUCAAACAUUAUGCAAGAGCAGAUGAGGUUGAUAAAUUGAGGCAAGACUACCAAGAUGGUAUUAACACUUUAAAGAUGUUCAUGGAUGCAACCAAUGAGAAGAUGACUGCUCCUGUCCAAGUAUCUUUCUUGAAUGUCAGAGCAUUUGUUCAAGAUGUUGAGGAAAUCAAGCACAAAGUGCCAGCAAUGGAAGCAGCAUGUAAAGCAGCGAGCCGUACCGCUCAGCUGUUGACCAAAGACACCCCGCAGGAGGAGGUUUCACAGAUGAUGGCUGUAAUGGCCUCAAUCAAAGAGCAGCUGAGCAAGGUAAGGGAGCGAUGCUUGCCUCUGCUGAGAGAGUCUCAGUCGCUUUUACCUCAACUUGAAGAAAUGGAGAAGAACAUCACAGGUUUCUAUCAGGCUCUGGAGAAGGCCAGUCAUAUUACCAGUUCUUCCGACUCGGACGGACCUGUAGACUUUAAACAGAAAUGCCAGGAGCUUGCGACCUUCACGCACAGCUGUAAGAAGUGUCUGACAGUGAUAGAGAGAAAUCACCAGACCAUCCAGAAAAUAAUGAACAGCAGUAAAACCCUGCAGCACAUGGACAUGGGUCUUCUGCAGAAAAGAGUUGCAGACCUCCAGGCCUCCUCACAGGGCAUGAUUAGAGAAUCUACAGAGUGGCGGAAGCACGUUGAAGCAAACAGCAGCCUUAUGAAGAGAUUUGAUGAGUCACGAGUAGAGCUGGAGAAGGUUCUUAAAAUGGCACAGAGCUGCCUGACAGAAAGAGGCAACCCAGAGGAGCUGCUCAAGAAACACACGGAGUUCUUUGGACAGCUGGACCAGAGGGUUUUGAAUACAUUCCUCAAAGCUUGUGAUGAGCUGACAGACAUUUUGCCAGAGCAGGAGCAGCAAUCGCUGCAGGAAACAGUCAGGAAACUGCACAAACACUGGAAGGAUAUUCAAACAGAAGCCCCAUUUCACCUCCUCCACCUGAAAGUCGAGGUGGAGAGGAGCAAGCUGAUGGUGUCACUGCAGGAGUGCCAGGCGGAGGUGACCAGGGAGAACCGCCACCUGGCUAGCAUGGGGAGCGAGAGGCUCAUCAAAGAGCACAGGGCUUUCUUCAGGGAAAAAGGUCCUCAGUCCAUCUGUGAGAAGAGGCUGCAACUAAUGGAGGAACUUUGUCAGAAACUUCCUGAAGGCGAUCCUGCCCACCAGAUCCUUGACACAGCUGUUAAAGACUUAUCUGAGGUCCGUGAGGAAAUCGAGAACACCCAUCAGAAGCUAAUGCAGCACCAAGAUAAAUGGAAAGAGUACAACGCAAGGUAUGCCGAACUCUCCUGCUGGCUUAUAUCUAAAGAGAGUCAGCUAAGGCUGCUGAGAAACCGAGCCAACGACCCUAGAAAAUAUAGCCAGGUGAAGGCUACCAUCACGGAGCUGAGGAAUGAUGCAGAGCUACAGGAGGGGAAUCUUGGCUGGCUGAAAGCCCGUAUGGCUGUACUGAUCGAGAUCUGUGCAGACAGCGAUGCCCAGAGGCAAGGAAGUGCACUGAGCAAGCUCUCUACUGAUUUUAAGGGUCUUCUUGCUUCCCUCAUGGAGGCUGAGAAGAUGGUGCUGGCUGUUGGGGACUGUGUGCAGUUCAGGGGAGAAGUACAAGCUACUUUAGAUGAUCUUGUCCAGGGGCAGAAAGAGGCUCAGGCUGAGGUCACCAGAAUACUGGACUGCCCAACUGUUCGAGAAGCACAACAACUACUUCUUGUUCACCAGCAACUUUUGAAACGCCUAAAACUGAAGAGAAAGGAUGUCCAGCAGUUGAUCACUAGAGGCCAGCAGCUCCAGGCUGAGGAGGGUCUGGGCGAGACUCUGCAGCAGGACCUGCAGAGUUUAGAAAACACACUCAGCAAAAUGGAACAGAAUAUGGAUUCACAGGAGCAAAGUCUCGAGGUCACACUGGCAGCCUGGCAGGAGUUUGACAGCCAACAGGAAGCAGUGCACGAGUUUGUAAACAAGGCACGCUCAACAAUGGAGAGAGACCUGAACUUCAGCAGCCCAGAGAGCCUGGCUGUUGAACUUGACCAGGCCAGAGUUUUGCUGAAGCAGUGUGAAGCAGAGGCCUCACAUAUGAACACCUUGCUGAAGAGAGCAACAGAAAUCCAGCUUGGUCCAAAAAACAAGACUCUGCUCUUACAACAAGCUCGCUCCCUCAGUGAGCAAGUGGACAAAGUAGAGUCUGGGCUCAAAAAAGAUGUUAAGACUCUCGAAGAAAUGAAAAUCCAGUGGGAUCGGUUUGGAGCUGGGUUCGAAGCUUUUUCCUUGUGGAUAUCCGAUAAGGAAAAACAACUGGAUGUCCUGAAGAGUUCUACUUUGCCUCUUGAGCAGCAGAUCAACACAGUGAAGGCUGUUGGUGGAGAGCUACAAGAGCGUGCUGAGGUUCUUUCUCAGCUGGAGGCAGACUCACAGGCACUGGCCCAGUUUGUAUCUUCAGGGGAGGCGGCUCGCAUCAAAGCCCGUCUGACCCAAAUCGGCCGUUACUGGGAAGAGCUGAAGGAGAGCGUACAGCAGCUUGACGGACAGCUGGAGGAAAGCUCUUCUCACCAGCAGAAGUUCAAGAUGAGCCUGGAGGAGGCUGAAGCCUCUCUCGGUGAGCUGCAUACGAAACUGGAGAAUCCGAUCAAAUCCUGCACCUCCUCCUCAGAGACCUACAAAGCUCUUCAAAACCACAUGGAUGUCUGUCAGUGUCUAGAAAGGCUGAAGGGAACCUUGCUGUCCCUGUCAGCUGGCGCCCGAAGGCUCAGUGACAGAGAGCAAGCAGAAAGGACUGUGACACAGCUAAACUCCAGCUACGAGCAAAACGUACAGGAAGCAAAGGACAAACAGAGCACUUUGGAGACUCUGCUUUCUCUUUGGCAAAAGUAUGAGAAACAGAGAUCAAACUUUGUUUCAUGCUUGGAGAGGAGUGAAUCUGCAUCCAAACCAGACAGUCAGUGUCUGUCAGCUGAUAAAACCAAACUCCGCAGUGAGAUACAGGAUUUGCAGGCCUUACACUCUGAAGUCAAGUCCCUUGAGCUCUCUCAUGUUGAGUUGGUGUCUCUGGGGACAUCAUUGUACCCCACUGCUCCAGAGGAGACAGUGAAGCAGCUGAAAGAUGAGUUGGAGACCCUGCAGAGGAGAUUGCAUGCUCAAAAUGAGGUCCUCCCUAAAAGAAUCCAGGAGCUUCAGAGCCACCUCUCCCUGGUGGAGCAGUUUGACCAGGCCCUGCUGAAGUUCUCCCAAUGGAGUGAGACCAUGCUGUCAAAUCUACACUCAGCUUCUCAAAUCAACAUCGGCAACCUGCAGCCUGCCACCACAAAAGUAAAGGAGACUCAGGUGGCCUUACAGAAGCAAUCCAGUGUCAGACAAAGCUUGGAGGAGCAGACAGCAAAGCUCUGUCAGUUCUGUGAGCCUGGUGACGCACAGCUCCUACGAAGCAGAGCUGACAGCUGUCUCCAGCCCUACCUGGAGGCAGAGCACAUAGUUGAGCUCCAGUUAGAGUGCCUAGAAAGACUUGAAGCUUUUCUGCAGACUCAUAGUGUGGCUGCAGGGGUGUUGCGGGGUCUGAGACAGACUGUGGAGAGUGCCGGGAGCUGGGAUCGUGGAAGAGUAGAGGAGCUGCAACAGGAGCUGAGCACCAUUGUCCCAGAUAUUAGCCAGCUUGAAACUCUAGCUGUCAAUCUGGACAGCAGUCUCUGCAAAGGCCAUCUCCAUAUAGGUGCUGAUGAGGGGUCUCAUAAAUCGUGCCGCAUGCUGGCUGAUUCACUCAGUGCUGAGUUAGAUACAGUAAGGAACCUGCUUGGUACUAAGCAGAGUGAAGCAGAGGCCUUAGGGGCUCUGUGGACUUCAUUUAGACAACGGAAAGAACAGCUGCUCAAAUCUGUGGAGGACAUUGAAGAAAAAGCCGACCACCAGAGCUUCAAAGAGCCCAGCCUACAUGCUCUACAGCAGAGGCUACGGUUCUUUAAUCAGCUGGAGGAUGAGCUCCAGUCACACCUGCAUGAGGAGCAGUGGUUGAGGGACAAGGGCAACCAACUGGCCCAGAGAGAUGCAGAGCUGGGUGGGGAGGUACUGAGAGAAAUCAGCCUGCUGGAGACCACAUGGGAGGACACCAAGAAGCUCAUUACAGAGAGACAGGAGCAGUGCAACGUUCUUGUUGAGCUUAUGAGAGAAUACCAAAUCCUGAAAACCUCCAUCAGCAGCAUCAUUGAGAGCUCUGAAUCUCUGGUCGAUAUAAGCUCUGUUCUGAAGGACUAUGAAGAAACCAAGAGGUCACUCAGCAAGCAUGAAUCAGUGAAGGCAGAGAUGGCUGGCAAGCAACAUGAACUGGACCAGUUUUCCACCAAAGGAAAACAGUUGGUGAAUGAACUAAAGAACAUCCCUGACUGUGACUCUCAAAUGAUGAAAAAGGAUAUGGAGACACUUGUGGAUCAGUGGCUGGAUGUUUCUGAGAGAAUAGAUGACAACAUUGAGCGCCUUAAACAGUGUUUGGCUCUGUGGGAUGAUGUGCGUAAAAUCACUGAGGACAUUGAGAGCUGGACAAGCAGCUGUGUGAUUGAACUGAACGAGAGCCUGAACAACCUCAACGACAGUCAGAAAGUGUCGGAAAGACUCUCCAUGAUACGGGUGGAAGCGGGUGAGAAGGUGCAGAAACUUGAAACCCUGCAGAGCAAAGUGUCCGAGCUUAAGAAGUGCAGUCAAAGUCAAGAGACUCCUGCAAAAUUACAGCUGCUGGAGAAUGACCUGCGGAACAAGAUCAGCUCUGUGCAGAAGCUACAUGAGCAGGCUAGAGGAAACCUCAUGGACUUCAGUUCUCAGAGGAAACAGCUAGAAGAUUACAUCUCACAGAUGUCUGCCUGGCUUAAAAGUAUGGAGGAAUCCCUGGUUUCGUCUCCCACUGGUUCAGAUCCUGAGGACAUCUGCAGAGUAAAGGACUUUCAGAAAGAGCUCCAAAACCAGCAGGGAAGUAUUGACUCCACAAGAGAGAGCCUCAACACCCUGUGUAGAAAGUAUCCCUCUGAAGAGCUGGCUGGUUUGGGUUCAGCACUCACUGACCUCAUCAAGAUUUAUGAGUCUGUAAACCAGCUCUCUGCCAGGACGUUGGCAUCACUGCAGAACUGUCUUCAACAGCAGUUCAAUGAUCUUGUUCAGGAGUUUCAUCGUUGGCUUUUAGAGCAGAGGGAGAUCGUGAAAGAAUGUUCCGACCGAUCUGGAGACACUCACGUUGUGGAACGCAAACUUCAGAAACUAAAGGGCGCCAUGGAAAGAGUGGAGGAGGGUGAGGUGCGUCUCACUCAGGUCUGCGAGGAAGGAGAGAAGCUCCUACUUCAUCUUCCCAAAGCCAGUGCAGGGCAGGUCCAGCAACACCUUUCUUCCAUCCAACAGGACUGGGACAGCUUUGUGGAGCAGUGCAGACAGAACCAACAGAUCCUGGAGGACAGUGCAUCCCUCAUGAAAGGGUUUGAGGGUCGCCUGAAAAAACUCAGGUGGUGGUUGGAGCAUAUGGAAAAGAGGAUGACCACAGAUCUGCUUGAAGCCAAGCAACGUGGUCCUGAAAAGGCUGUGCUGGAGCAAGUGGAGGAAUAUCAGCAGGAAGUGCUCAAAGAAAGGGAUUCCUUUGAACGCUUGUGUCAGGAGGGACAGGCACUGAAUGAGGGUGGACGAGGCGAUGGUAGUGAGACAAGAGUGUCAGCUCAGCUGCAGUCACAGCACCAGGCCUUGCUAAGACGUGUGAGAGAGAGGCUACGCAGCUGCCAGCUCACUUUACAGGAGCAGCAAGCCUUUGAAGAGACUCUGCAGAGUACCUGGGGCUGGCUGAAUGGAGUCCAGGAGCGUCUGGCUUCACUCAACAGCACAGUUGGCAAUAAAGAGACCCUGGAGAAAAGGCUUGGUCUUGUACAGGAUAUCUUGCUAAUGAAAGGGGAAGGUGAGGUGAAGCUCAACAUGACAGUAGGAAAAGGAGAACAGGUCCUGAAACACAACAGAAUGGAUGGACAGCAGGCCAUUUGUUCACAGCUGCAGAGCCUAAAGGAUGCCUGGGCCAAUAUGCUCAUGACAUCUAUGAGUUGCCACAGUCGCCUUGAAUGGACAGUGGCCCAGUGGACCAGCUUUCAGGAAAGUAAGGGCCAACUACAGCAGUGGAUGGAGUCAGUGGAGCAGGAAGUGGGGAUGACCCUGCCUCAGCAGCCAGGCCGCAAAGAGAAAUCUGCUUUUCUUGAGCGCCUCAGGGCCAUCCAUGUGGAUGUGGAUGCUCACGCAGCAGCACUGUCACGCCUUACAGACAAAGCCGUCGAGAUGUAUGAAAAAACUGGCGACCAGACCUUUGGACCAGAGUCGAGGGCAGAGCUCAAUGUACACUUUGGCGAUAUCUCAGCUGUUGUCAAGGGUAAAGUGCAGUCCAUGCAAACCAUUGUGUCUGAGCAUGAGCAGUAUCUUGAUGCUGUGAGAGACUUCAAUGACUGGCUGGUCUCUGCAAAAGAGGAACUCCAGCGCUGGUCCGACCUCUCAGGAGAUUCACUCUCCAUUAAAAGAAAGCUCUCCAAGGUGCAGGAGUUGCUUGACUCCAAGCAGCGAGGCAGAGAGAGGCUGAGCCGCGUCCAAAGAUGUGGGGCAGUGGCAAGAGAUCACACUGGCUCAGGGGGCUAUGAGGCUAUGGAGCGAGAGGAAUCAGCCCUGUUGUCAUCAUGGGAACAGUGGGAACGUGGGGCGCUACAGACACGAGCUAGUCUGGAGACUGCCCUAUCUCAGAUAGCCAGCUCUGAACAGGAGUUCAGCAGCCUGUCGGCACAGUUGGAGCAGGACCUGCGCGAAUUCAACCAUCAGCUGCAGGACUGGCGUCUACAGCUGGCCCAAGCAGAGGGGAAAAAUGAUGGAGAGGAAGCUGUUAAAGGCUGGCAGAUAGCAAAGGACACUUUGGAGGAACUUGUGAAAGCUGAACCCUUGUCCGAUAGUCUGAAGACUCAACUUAACGACCUGUGCCGAUUUUCCAGAGACAUGGGAACACAGUCUGAGAGAGUUUCUGCACUCAUUAAGGAAUACAACAGUCUGAGUCUCCAAGCCUCCAGGGAGUGCCAAAGCAAAGAGAAGCUGCUGGAACAAGGGUUUCGCUCAGCCUUCAGAGAGUUCCAGCAAUGGUUUGUCAACGCCAAGAUCAACACAGCCAAAUGCUUUGACGUACCCCAAAAUCUCAAUGAGGCCUCAUCUAGCUUGCAGAAGAUUCAGGAGUUCCUAAGUGACAGAGAACAAGGUCAUUUAAAGCUGAAUGCUGUGGUUGUCAGCGGUGAACUUGUCUCUAGUGUUGCAGCUAAAGACAAAGUAGAUGCAGUUCGGGUUAAAAUGAACACUGCCCGAGAAGACUGGAAAAAUAUGAUGACAAAUCUUCACAACAGAGAGACAAACCUACAAAACCUUCUGUCUCAAAUGAAGGAUUUUGAAGCAAGUGCUGAGCCUCUUCAGGAAUGCUUGAAUGCCACAGAGCUGGCUGUACAGGAGAGCAGCACAAGGCUUCAUGAUCUCACAGCCAAGAAGCUAGAGCUUCACAAGCUUCAGUCUGUGCUUGAGGAGUUAGCCUCUCACGAGGUUCAGCUGAACAGGCUGAAAGAGAAGGCCCAGCUGCUGUGGGAUGAACACGCGGCCGGCAAGGGUUUUGUGCACCGUGUCUCGCAACUCUCUGCUCAGUACCUAGCUUUAACCAACCUGACCAAGGAGAAGGCAUCACGGAUUGACCGCAUUGUCACUGAGCACCAGCUUUUCUCCCAAGGAUUAAAAGAGCUGCAGAAUUGGGUGGCUGACACAAGCCACAUGCUGCAGACCUACUGCGCCCCCACUGCUGACAAAAAUGUUCUUGAUAGCAGGAUGAUCAAGCUGGAGGCUUUGCUGACUGCUCGUCAGGAGAAGGAGAUCCAGCUGAAGAUGCUGACCACAAGAGGAGAGUCAGUUCAGAGAAACACCUCAGCUGAUGGAGUGCCUGUAGUCCAAAAACAAAUACAGGAUCUAAAAGAUUCCUGGGAUGCACUACUCUCUACUUCUAUUCAAUGCAAAAGUCAGCUGGAGGGUUCUCUGUCUCAGUGGACCAGUUACCAGGAGGAUGUACGCCAGUUUGUGUCGUGGGUGGAACGUGUGGAGGAGAGUCUUGACCCUACUGAUAAACAGUGCCCAGAGAUGAGAGACAAAACUGCUAAUCUGAGCAAAGCCAAGUUGCUGUAUGAGGAAGUGCUUAGCCACAGCACCCUGCUGGACACCAUCACUGCAAAGACUGUCAAUAUAGCUGAGAACUAUGUCACUCAACUGGAGCUCCAAGAUCUGCAGGAGCGCUACAACAAUAUCAAAGACAACGCCAUGAGGGCAGUAGGCAAAGCAGAGGAGCUGGUGAAAGCCCAUCAGGAGUAUCAGCGGGGCCUUCAUGCAUUUGAGGACUGGCUGGAACAGGAGCAGGAGAAGCUUGGCUGCUACACCCAGCUGGAGGGGGAUGUUGAUAGGCUCGAAGAGACUCUCCAAAAGCUGCAGGAACUGCAGCUGCACUGCACAGAGGGCCAGGCUCUACUGAACACAAUACUGGUCAGUAGGGAGCUGGUGAUUCCCUGGGGGUUGCCUCAAAUAGAAGACCGAGCACUGGAGACACUGCAGCAGGAGUGGAGGCUGUACCAGGCCCGGUUGGCUGACACCCGGGCACAGCUCAACAGUGCUCUGGCCAAACUCCGUCAGAUGGAGCAGAAGUUCCAGCGUCUGGACAGCUGGCUAAAGGGCAUGGAGACCAAAGCACAACUGCGCAGCAAUCGCCGGUCUGACCGCGCAACUAAAGAAGCGCAACUCCAGUUGAUAAAGAGCUGGCAGGAGGAAGUGCUAGUAUAUCAAGACGAGAUGGAGGGCCUCAGUCUCUUGGCUCAGCAGGUUCUGGAUGAGACCCAUAUUAGCAGCCGGAUCAGUACCAGAGCCACACAGAUUACAGCCCGCUACCACGCCCUGCUAUUGCAUUUACUGGAGACAAUCAAACAUCUCCAGGAGGAGGUGUCUUGCAUUGAAGAUGCACAAUGUGUCUUCGGCACCUUCUCAGACUGGCUCAGUACAGCUCAGAAUAACUUCAGCACUGUGGCUAUAAGUGUUGAUGUAGUGGACCGCUUCGCCAUGGAGAGAAAGAUGAAGAAACUAGAGGCUCUUCAGGCAGACAUGGAGCAGGGUCACACUUACCUGAAGACAAUGAGAGAGAAGACAGAGCGAGCCAUGGCAUUCUUGGAGGAGCCUGAAGCGGACCAGCUGAAGGAAGAGGUGGACACUCGACUCUUCCAACUAGAGGAGUUGAUGGUAGCUCUCCGCACAGAGCAUAGCUCCCUCGAGAAAUGUAUUUCACUCUCUAAAGACUUUAUGGAUAAAUACAAGGGCCAGGCCCAGUGGUUGCUAGAAACCAAGAACCUUUUAGCAUCGAGUGUAGAGCCUAAAGCUGAACUCUAUCAAAAGAAGGCUCAGCUAGCAAAGUACAAGACCAUCCAGCAGACAGUGCAGUCUCAUGAGUCAGCAGUGAAAUGUGUCAUUGAGAAAGGAGAGGCUCUGCUGGAUACAGUCCAUGACCCGACGAUAAAUGACAAUAUGAAAAAACUGCAGGCUGACUACCAAGACAUCUGCUUGAUGGCUAAGACCCAGGUCCAGAACCUUGUAGAGUGGGUGAAGGAGCAUGAGGAUUACAACAGCGAAUUGCAGGAGGUCGAGAAGUGGCUCUUACAGAUGUCCAGUAGGCUGGUCACCUCUGAUUCUAUGCAGACCAGCAGUAUGGAGAUGGCCACUCAGCAGCUUGCCCGACACAAGGCUAUAAUGGAGGAGAUAGCCAAUUUUGAGGAACGUCUCACCAGCCUACAGCAGAAAGGAGAAGAUCUUGUUGCCAGCUGUACAGACCAAGUCCAAGCUAAGAUCAGUCAACAAGUCCAGGCUCAUCAGCAGGGAGCCAAAGAUAGCUACUCUGCUAUAUGCAGCACUUCCCAGCGUGUGUAUCAAAGUCUGGACCGGGAGCUACAGAAACAUGUUAACCACCAGGAUACUCUCCAGCAGUCCCAGACCUGGCUCACCGCAGUUCAGGAAGAGCUGCAGCUCAAUGAUCAGGGACCAUCCGGUCUGCAGGAGGCCCUGAAGCAGGUGAAGCACUACAGGGCCCUACAGGAGCAGGCCAGCACCUACCUGGAUCUGGUGUGUUCUGUGUGUGACCUUUCUGAUGAUGCUGUGAGAGUGACAGCUGCUAAGGUCCAGCAGGUCAAACUCACGAUAGAGGAAAGGAUGUCCAGUGCACAGGAGCUUUCAGAGGGCUGGAGGGAGAUCAAGGAACAGAAGCAAGAUCUGACCAGCUUGUUCCAGGAUAUGGAGCAGCAGCUCCUUAGCCUCUCCAGAAGGCCUGCAGAGUUGGAGACCAAAAUAGCUCAAAACAUGCUAUCACAAGCCAAGGAAUGCAGCCAGCAACUGCAGUCCAAACAGAGUAUCCUGACCAAGAUGACAGAACGAGUGAGCAAGUUGACUGGGGGCCAGGACUCUCCAGAACAUGCAGAGAUUGACCGUCUGAGCCAUUCCUGGCUUGAACUCUGUCACCAGGCCAACAAGCUGCAGAGCCAGAGGGAGGAGGACCUACAGAGGUCAAAAGAAUACCAUGACUGUAUCACUGCAGUGGAGGCGCUGUUCGAACAGGUGUCCAAAGAAUGGGACAAUCUGGCCAGAACGGAUGCCGAAAGUUCAUCUCAGCAUUUGGAGGCAUUACGGAAACUUGCAGUAACACUAGAAGAACAAAAGGGCUCUCUUGAGGAACUAAAGGAUCAGAAACAGAAAGUCAUCCAACAUUUGAACUUGGAUGACAAGGAGCUGGUAAAAGAACAAAUCAGCCACUUUGAGCAGCGAUGGUCUCAGAUGCAAAAUCUAAUUGAGAGGAAAAUCCAGGACUCAGUUGUAACCCUGGAAGACAUGAGCCAGGUGGAGGCCCGUCUGAGAGAGGCUCGGGAUUGGGCAGAGGAGCAGCAGCCUGCCCUGUCUGAGGCCAUGAAAAUGAGUCCUCCUCCAGAGCUGGCUCAGAGCUUCCUGUUUGACCACCUCAGCAUUUGCAGUGAGUUGGAGGCCAAGCAGCUCCUAUUGGCCCAGGCCAUGGCCGAUGCCGACAGGGUGCUGGCCCGCCUGGGCCUCAGUGAACGUCAGCGUUUACAGCAGCUGAUUGCUGACACUCAGUCUGAGGUAGAAUCUCUGAGUGUGAAAGUGGUGCAGCGCAGAAAACACCUCAGCAAGGCUUUCACAGAGAGGACUCAGUUCCUGUUGGCUGUGAGCCAGUCCAUUUCCUGGGUCCAGCAGAAUGAGAAGAAGGCCCAGGCAGAAGAGUAUAUUGCUUUGUUACCUGAUGACCUUGCCAAACAGGUCAGAACAUGUAGGAACAUCCAAAGCAGUCUGAAAGCCUAUCAGAGUGAGCUGACAUCCUUGUGGUCUCAGGGAAGGGACCUGAUGAGGGAUGCCAGUGACGAAGAAAGGAAUGAGAUUCUCACAAAGCUGCAGGAGUUACAAAACAUCUUUGACAAAACGCUACAUAGAUGUGGCCAGAAACUUCAGGAGCUUGAAAAAGUACUUGUUUCUAGAAAGUACUUCAAGACUGAUCUAGAGAAAAUAUGCCAGUGGAUAAAACAAGCUGAUAUAAUCACAUUUCCUGAAAUCAAUCUAAUGGUUGGAGAUGCUGAAUUAGAGGUGCAGUUAUUAAAAUAUCAACAGAUAAUCGAGCAGGCAAUUGAAUACGAGAACCUUCUCCUAAUCGUACAAAGAGCUGGACAGGAAAUACUGCCAACUCUGAAUGAAGUAGACCACUGUUACCUGGAUGAAAAACUCAAUACCCUCCCCCAGCAAUAUAACAGCAUAUUAGCAUUAGCCAAAGAAAAACAGGAGAAAAUCCAGCAGGCCAUCCUCACAAGGAAUGAGUACACCUCUUUUAUAGAUGUCACUCACAAAGCACUGAAAGAGCUUGACGAACAGUUCAAUCAUCUGGGCACACACCCUGUAGGUUUGCAAACAGAAGAGGUAGUCAGCUUGCAGAGUGAUUACAAAUCAAUACAGGCAGAUCUGAGCAACCUGGGUCUAGCUGUGAGUGAACUGAACCAGAAAAAAGAGGGAUUUCGCAGCACCGGUCAACCAUGGCGCACAGAGGAAAUGACCCAGCUUGUGAGCCUUUACAACGGCUUAAAGAGGUUGGUUGAACAGAAAGUAGAGCAUCUAGAUGAAACGUUGGAGUCAUUUGAGGACCAUAAGGCGAUGGCCAUGCAAGUUGACUCUCAGUUAAAGGCCACAAAAGAACAGCUGGUAAAAGUUAAUGCAGAGACCCAGUCAGCUGAGGAGAGACUGAAAAACUACCAUGCACUGGCAGGAAGUCUCCAGAGUGCUAACUCUCAUUUGUCACGGCUCAUGGACCAAAUGGAUACGCUUGCUCCUCGUGUGGACCAAGCAGCCCAUGAUGCCUCCAAGGAGCAAGUGGUUCUGUGGCAAGAGGAGCUGCGGUCCUUGCAGGGCGCAGUAGGGGACCUGAUUGAAGAGUGUGAGAACAGGUUUAUUCAGAGCAAAGACUUUGAGACAGAGAUGAAAAGGACCCUGGACUGGCUACAGCAGGUCAGGGAUGAUCUGGGCUGUGCUGUGAUUGUGGAUGUUAGGGUGGAGAAGGUGCAGGAGGAGAUCAGAAAGCAGCAAAUCAUGCAGGAAGAGGUUCAGUCCAGACUGAGGAUAGUCGCCGCUCUUAGUAGCAGGGAGAAACAGCAGUACAUCAGUGCAAAUGAACUUGUCCCAAUCCAUGUAGACACAAGCCUGGAAGAAAUGGCAAAGCUGCAGGCGGACGUUCAAAAAUCACUAAGCUCCAAACAGUUUACUUUGGAAGAAUCCAUGAUGUUGUGCCAGAAGUACCACUUCAGGAUGCAGUCAGCCUGUGAAUGGCUGGAGGAUUCUGUAUCCUUCCUGCAGCAAGCUAGCUUGGGUGUGGAUGUGGAGAACUAUGAAGAGUGUCUCCGGCAGCAGGGGGACAUUAUGUCCACAGAGCAGGAGUUCCUCAGCCACCUGGAGGAGUUGCAGGUUCUGCUGCCUCAGCUGGAGAAUGUGGUCAACCCGACAGCUAAAGAGCAGCUUCGGGUGAGCGUGGAGUCAGCAAAGCAGAGAGGCGAGGAGGUCCGAGAUCAGCUCCAGUGUCACCAGAAUGUCCUUCACAGCUGUGUGACUCAGUGGAAUUCAUAUCAGGAGGCGAGGCAGACUGUCAUUGAGCUUAUGAAUGAGGCUGAAAAGAAGCUGACAGAAUUUUCUACUGCAAAGGCAGCCACAAGCCAAGAAGCUGAAGAUAAGCUGUGCAGUCAUCGGUCCCUUGUGUCACUUGUGAGUGGCUUCCAAGAGAAGCUGAGUGGUUUAGAGGAGCAAGCUGCCCAGCUGGAGCUGGUGGGGAGCGAUGCCAGCAAGGCCACCAUCAGCCGCUCCAUGACCACUGUGUGGCAGCGCUGGACCAGACUACGCAGUGUGGCACGGGGACAGGAGAGAGUACUAGAGGACACAGCACAGGAAUGGAGGACUUUUAGAGAGAAGAUGGUGAAGGUAAGAGCAGUCUCCGAUGAGCUCCAGAGUCGUUUCCCUGACAGUGCCGUGGAGAAGGCCUCCAAAGCCACUCUGCAGUCUCUGUUAGACCAGCAUGACGUGCUCAGCCAAGACUUGGAGAGAGAGCUCUCCUCUCUCACACUGCUGCGGCAGUAUGCACUCAGUCUGUUGCAUGAUGUAGAAGUGCCUUCACCAACAAAUGAACAGGAUGAGCUGCCCAGCCUGAAGGAGAUCAGAGCUGUACAAGACCAAAUGGAAAGCCUCUUGACACAGUCCAGGACCAAGCGGGCUCAGACAGCUCAGGAGCUGAGGGACAGAGAGGAAGUGGAAAAGGAACUUAGUGUUGUAAAGGCCUGGAUCCAAGAAAGCAGGGAGCUUCUUCUCAACCCCACACCGGACAUAGAUUCUCUACUCCAGGAGCUUGAGGUUGUACAUGGAGAGGUCAUUACUUAUCGUCAAAAUGUGGAUAAAUUAGCGGAGCAGCAACAGAGCAAGUACCUGGAUCUCUACACCAUACUACCGUCUGAAAUUUCCAUGCAGCUAGCCGAGGUUUCACUUGCUUUGGGUGCUAUUGAGGAUCAGGUUCUUUCAAAAGAGAGAGAAAUUCAGAAAACUAGAGAAAUAAAAGAGGACUUCACCUCCAGAAUCCAUGACAUCUCCGAGAAACUCAAAGCAAUCUCCACUAAAUUCAAGGAAAAAUCACCAGAUGUUGAUCAUGCCAAAGAGGAGGUCAAGAGCCUGGCUGAGGACUUGGACUCCUGUGGGCGCACUCUCUCAGAACUGGAUGCUGCUAUACAAGAGUUUGGCCGCAGAAACCCCCUGCUAGCCAAACAGCUGAGUGAUGCCAUCAGCAAGUUAUCAGAGAUGCAUCACCACACAUCCCGGCUAGCAGACUGCAGGAACAACUGGCUCAAAAAGGCUGUCUGCUAUUUAGAUGAGUACAAUGAGAUGCUGGACUUCAUUGUGAGGUGGUCAGAAAAAGCCAAAAGCCUUGUGAGGGCAAACAUCAUCUGGAACUCCUCUGUUCACCUACAGGAGCAGAUUCGGAUGUACCAGGCUGUCCUGCGCGAGUCUCGGGAGCUCCAUGGGGACUUGGAAUCAAUGGCUGAGAAAGUGGAUCUUCUGUCUGAGGUGCUGCAGGUUGAGUCUAUGAGCCAGCAGGUGUGUGAACUCAGUCGACACACUGAAGAGCUUCAGCAAAGCAUCAAGACACGGCUGCAGAGCUUGGAGGAUGCUGAUAAGAGUAUGGAAGCCUUGGAGUACGAAGUUAAGGCCCUACAUGUUGCUCUGGAGCAGGUUCAAGCCACACUGACCUCACCAGAACUGGCACGCCAGAGCCUCAAAGAGCAACUAGCUCAAAGACAGCGCCUGUUAGCAGAUAUGGAGAGUUUCAAGCAGCAGGUGCAGGCAGUUCAGCUGUGUCAGAGUGCUCUGCGGGUCCCAGAGGAGGUGAUGCCCAACCUUGCCAUCUGUCGCACAGCACUGCGUCUGCAGCAAGAAGCUAGUCAGUUGCAGCAUGUGGCCAUUCAGCAAUGCAACAUCCUACAGGAGGCCGUGGUGCAGUAUGAGCAAUAUGAACAGGAAGUGAGAGAUCUACAGGGGCUGAUAGAAGAAGCACACCGUGUCAUCCAGGACCGCCCGAUCCCCUCAAGCAACAUCCAGGAACUGCAGGCCCAGAUCCUUCACCAUGAAGAACUGGCCCAAAAGAUCAAAGGUUACCAAGAGCAGAUUGCCUCACUGAACUCAAAAUGCAAGAUGCUGGCAGUGAAGGCUAAGCAUGCCACCAUGCUGCUGACAGUGAGCGAUGUGGAGGGACUGCCUGAGGAGAUGGAUAGCGAGAAAUCUAAGAAAUCGCAGGCACAAGCUGUGAUGAUGACUGCUGGUCGCUGUCACACCCUCCUGUCUCCUGUAACUGAGGAGUCUGGAGAGGAGGGCACUAACAGUGAGAUCUCCUCUCCUCCUGUUUGUCGCUCUCCUUCUCCCAUCACUCACACUGAAGCCACUAUAAGCAAGACUGGACGAGGAACACUUACAAGAGCCCCAAUCCAAGAAUUAUAUGACCCAACGUUUGAGUCAGUGGCCCAUUUAGAUGACUUACAGCGCUCAUGGGAAACGUUAAAGAAUGUGAUCAGUGAGAAGCAGAGGUCUCUGUAUGAAGCUCUGGAAAAGCAACAGCAUUACCAGGGUACACUCCAGUCAAUCUCUGCUAAAAUGGAGGCUCUGGAGGCCAAACUGAGUGAGCCUCUGGAGACAGAUAAGAGCCCAGACAGUCACAUGAAAACCCAUGAGGAUCUGAUAGAAGAGAUUCAGAGUGUGCAGGAGGAUAUAGACAGGCUGCAGACAAGCUUCACAGAGGAUCUGGCCUCUGAAGCAGUGGACUCAGACAUGGCCGACCAGCUGGCCAUGCAGUCCUCCCUCGCUGUUUUAGCAGAAAGGAUGGCCACCAUCCACAUGAAAGCUACAGGGAAACAGCAGAUAUUGGAGGAGCGCGUUUGUGACCGACUGGAGGGCCAACGUCAAGAACAGGCCAUACUACGUUAUCACACCCAGGCAGAUGAACUGGCCCAGUGUCUGGCCAGUAUGCGCAGUGCUGUCACCUCCAUCCUCGAAACCAAACCUUUAGAAGAGACAGAUAUGGAGGACCAGCUCACCGAAUGUCAGAACAUGUUGCUGGAGAUAGAAGAGAAGGUGCUGACCCUGUCGGAGCUGUCCAUGCACAGUGAGAAUCUGCUGCUGGAGGGCCGGACAGAGACCAGAGAGGAAGCUGAGCAGCUGGCCCGAAAGUUACGUACACUGAAGGGUGGCCUAUUGGAGCUGCAGGGGAUGCUGCAAGACAAGCAGAUUAACAUCCAGGGCUCUCUACAGGAGCAAGAGGACAGUGAAUCAGACUCCAGUCUCUCUCAGAGUCCCAGUGUUCAGGACUGGCUGGCCCAGGCCCGGACCACACGUUCCCAACAGCACCAGGACAGCCUUCAGAGACAGAGGGAACUGGAGGAGCAGCUUGCAGAGCAGAAAAAGCUGCUUCAGUCAGUUGCUAGCAGAGGAGAGGAGAUCCUUAUCCAGCAAGCGUCCCCUAGCAGUACCAGUACAACGGCACCAUUUUCACCAGAAGCUUUGGUUGAGAGGGAAGCUCAGAUGGCACGGGAGCAGAUGAAGCAGAGAUGGGAGAGCCUGAGACUAGAGCUCAAAACUAAACUGCAGCUCCUGCAGAAAACCCUGGAGCAGGACCACAAACACCCGGUUUACUCCAGAGCUUCUCGUGUGACGACAGGUGGAUCAAUGUUUAAAGGAGAGAUCCAGGCUGAUAAAUCCACCCUGAAGACUUUAUAUGACAGCUUCAGACAAACCAUAGAAGACAUGACCACUCAGCCCGGUGGUGGUGAGACACAGGUGGCGCAGAUGGAACAGCAGCUCUACACAGCUGUGUCAUCUACCUCCUCUUGGCUGGAUGGUGUGGAAAACAACGUCUUUUCUGGCACAGUGCUGCUGGCUGAAAAUACAGAGACUCAGCUACAAAAGCAGGAGACCUUGGAGAAUGAUGUGAGGCACAUGACGGAGGAGGUGAAGCUCAGCCAGUCUCUGCUAGCUGGAUCUUCAGGAUUGAGGCAAGAGGACCAGGCCCUGCUGGAGGACAACCUUGACUGCCUGAAAGAGAGAUUAGGAGCUCUGGGUUCUGCUCUGGGACAAAGCUGUGACCACAUGAGGACCAGAACACAUGAACUCACAGCCUACCAGACUGAGUUGCAACUUCUCCAAACUGCUUUAAUUGAGACCAAGUGCCAGAUCCUACAGGCCUUAGCUGGAGCCAUGGAUAGACCAGCCUCAAAACAACUGGAGGUCAUUGUCAGUGCAGAGGAAAACCUGAAAGACUUUGAACAGAGGAUCACAGAGCUUAAAACCAAAGGAGCAGCACUACAGGCAGAUCAGAUAUCAACAAACAAACUACUGAAACUUCAGGAUUCCUAUGAGGAGCUGGUGAUGACGGUGGGUUCCCGGCGCAGUGGGCUGAACCAGAACAUGGCCCUUAAGGAGCAGUAUGAGCGUGCUUUGCAGGAUCUGACUGACCUGGUGGACACAGCUAAGGACAAGAUGGCUGCCGAUCAGAGGAUCAUUGCCAGCUCUGUGGAGGAAGUCCAGAAUCACCUGGACAAACAUAAGGAGUUCUUUCAGGGUCUGGAGUCACAUAUGAUUUUAACAGAGACAUACUUCAGGAAAAUCAGUGGCCUGAUGCUUCCUGUAGAGAGUCAAACCCUGGAGGAGACCAUGGCCCAGGCUCAGAGCGUCCUCAAAGAGGCUCACAGUAAAGGUGUUGAGCUGGAGUGUAUCCUGGAGACUUGGUGUCGCUUGGUGCAGGAUUACCAGAGUCUGAAUCGACAAUUGGAGGCAGUUGAAGGAAGUAUCCCUGCUGUUGGCCUGGUGGAGGAGACGGAAGAAAGACUCAUGGACAGAAUCUCAUUGUAUCAGGGUCUGAAGGGUAGACUUACAGAGCACCAACACAAGCUAUACCAGGUGCUGGAUGAAGGGAAACAUCUUUUGGUGUCAGUUUGCUGUCCUGCACUGGAGAAUCAACUGGCGCUGCUGGGGGAACACUGGCUCGACAACACCGCCAAGGUCAACAAGGAGCUACAGCGCCUGGAGGCCAUCCUAAAACACUGGACCAGGUAUCAGAGGGAGUGUGCAGAGCUUAGCGAGUGGCUCCAUUCUGCUUUGGAUCGUCUGGAGUUUUGGAACACACAGGCAGUGUUAGUCCCACAGGAGCUGGAAACUGUCAGAGACCAUCUCUCCGCUUUUCUUGAGUUUUCCAAGGAAGUUGAAGGUAAAUCCAGCCUGAAGAGCUCAGUGGUAGCUGAGGGCAACCAGCUGCUGAGGUUAAAGAAAGUGGACACGGUGGUGCUGCGGUCUGACCUGGCUCGCACUGACACUCAGUGGAGUGAGCUGCUCACACGCAUCCCAGUGGUCCAGGAGAAGCUACAUCAGAUCCAGAUGGAGAAAUUGGCUUCCCGUCAUGCCAUUUCUGAGCUGUUUAAUUGGAUAUCGUUGAUGGAGAAUGUCAUUGAGGAGGACGAAGAAAACCUCAAGAGUGCAGUUGGAUCAAAUGUGAUUCAGGACUACUUGCAAAAAUACAAGGGCUUCAGAGUAGAUUUAAGCUGUAAGCAGCUGACUGUUGACUUUGUCAACCAGUCAGUGCUGCAGAUCAGUGGUCAUGAUGCGGAGAGCAAGCGCAACGAUAAGACAGACUUCGCUGAACGUCUGGGAGCCAUGAAUCGACGCUGGCAGAUCCUACAAGGCCGCAUUAAUGAGAGGAUCCAGUUCCUGGAGAGCCUGUUGGAGAUGUGGCUGGAGUAUGAGAGCAGUGUUCAGGCCUUAAAGUCCUGGAUGGGAAAUCAAGAAGAAAGACUAAAGAGGAAAAACAGAAUAGAGGAUUUGACAUCUGUACAGAAUGCUCUCAAGGACUGCCAGGAAAUGGAGGAGCUGGUGAAGGAAAAAGAGAAAGAGCUAGAGAGGGUGGAGGAGCAGGGCUGUGCCCUUGUCCAGAACAAAACCGAUGAGGCCUGUGGUAUCGUCAUGGAGACGCUCCAAGGUGUCAAUCACACCUGGGCUAACCUGGACCACUUGAUAGGGCAACUAAAGAUCAGCCUGAAGUCAGUGCUGGAUCAGUGGAGUCUAUACAAGCGGGCUUCAGAGGAGAUCAAUGGCUACUUAAUGGAGGGAAGGUACUCCGUGUCUCGUUUCCGCCUCCUCACAGGCUCCCUGGAGGCUGUUCAGCUGCAGGUGCAAAGUCUGCAGGAUUUGCAAGAGGAGCUGGAGAAACAGGAGAGCAGUCUUAGAAAGUUUGGUGCUGUGACCCACCAGCUGCUGAAGGAGUGUCACCCUUCAGUGUCAGACUCCCUCAACAAUGCCCUUAAAGACGUCAAUGCAAGAUGGACUGGCUUACUGGAGGAAAUUGCGGAGCGUCUGAGAAGCAGUAAAGCCCUGCUUCAGCUUUGGCAGCGUUACAAGGAGCUUUAUGAGCAGAGCUGCAGUAGCAUCCAGCUGCAGGAGGAGAAGGCAGACCAGCUCCUCAAGACUGCCUGCAGCAAGGACAUCGCUGAUGAGGAAGUGUCCGACUGGAUUCAAGUAUGCAGCGAGGUCCUACGGUCCCAAGCUCCAGUGCAAGCCUCCCUCCAGGUUCUUCAUGAACUGGGAGAUCAGCUGAAACAGCAGGUGGACACAUCAGCAGCAUCUGCCAUCCAGUCAGAUCACCUCUCUCUCACCCAGCGGCUGGCUGCUGUGGAGCAGGCCCUAACUAGACAGCUCACCGCACUGCAGACUGGAGUCCAGGACUAUGAAACCUUUAAUGAUCAGCUGGAUUCAUUGGGAUCCUGGGUAGUUGAGGCUGAGGAGGCUCUGAAGGUGCAAGAUCCCAACAGCUCCACCGACCUGACAGUCAUCCUAGAUCGCAUGCAGGAGCUCAAGAGACUUAUGCUGAAAUUCAGCAGUAUGGCCCCUGAAUUGGAGCGUCUUAAUGAGCUUGGAUACCGACUCCCUCUCAACGAUUCAGAGAUCAAACGGAUGCAGAACCUCAACAGGAGCUGGUCAACAGCCUCAGCACAGACCACAGAGAGAUUCAGCAAACUUCAGUCGUUCCUGCUGCAGCAGCAGACCUUCUUAGAGAAGUGUGAAACAUGGAUGGAGUUCUUGGUCCAAACAGAAGAGAAUCUGGCUGUAGAAAUUUCUGGAAACUACCAGAGUUUGAUGGAACAGCAAAAAACUCACGAGUUAUUCCAAGCUGAGAUGUUCAGUCGCCAACAGAUCCUUCACUCCAUUAUCAGUGACGGACAAAGGAUGUUAGAGCAGGGUCAAGUAGAUGACAGAAAUGAGUUCAACCUGAAGUUGGCUCUCCUGAGUAACCAGUGGCAGGGUGUCGUGCGGCGUGCUCAACAGAGGCGAGGCAUCAUUGACGGUCUGAUCCGCCAGUGGCAGCGUUAUAGAGAAAUGGUGGAGAAGCUGCGCAAAUGGCUGGUGGAGGUCUCCCACCCUGCAGAAGCCCUUGAGACAGGGACCACUGUACCUCUGCAACAAGCCCGCUCCAUGCUGGAUGCUGUCCAGCUGAAGGAAAAGGUGCUGCAGCGUCAGCAGGGCAGCUACAUCCUGACAGUGGAGGCCGGCAGACAACUGCUUCUGUCAGCUGAUAGCCGGGCGGAGGUGGCCCUGCAGACAGAGCUUACUGAUAUCCAGGAACGAUGGAAACAUGCCAGCGUCUGCCUGGAUGAACAAAAGAAAGAGCUUACCACCUUGUUAAAGGACUGGGAGAGGUGUGAGAGAGGUAUCGGUGGAUCACUGGAAAAACUUCGAGCCUUCAAACGACAGCUCUCUCAGUCGCUUCCUGAUCACCAUGAAGAUCUUCAAGCUGAGCAGAUGCGCUGCAUGGAUCUAGAGGGUACAGUUGAUGGCUGGACUGGGGAUCUGGCCCAUCUGACUGUGCUCAGGGAGUCACUGUCUUGCUUUAUCAGUGCUGAGGACCUUUCUGUCCUGCAGGAGCGUAUUGAGCUGCUGCAUCGACAGUGGGAUGAAAUCUGCCAUCAGCUGUCACUACGCAGGCAGCAGGUGAGUGAGAAGCUGAAUGAGUGGACUGUAUUCAACGAGAAGUACAAGGAGCUCUGCGAGUGGCUCACCAACAUGGAGAGCAAAGUCUCCCAAAAUGGAGACAUCAGCAUUGAGGAGAUGAUCGAGAAGCUCCGCAAGGACUACCAGGAGGAAAUCACUGUGGCAGAGGAGAACAAGCUGCAGUUGCACCAGCUGGGAGAACGCCUAGCUAAAGCCAGUCACCAGAGCAAAGCUGUUGAAAUCGAACAAAAACUCAACAAAGUCAGUGACCGCUGGAAGCACCUCCUGGAUCUCAUUGGAGCCAGAGUGAAGAAGCUGAGAGAAACUCUGGUAGCGGUGCAGCAGCUGGAUAAGAAUAUGAGCAGCCUGCGCUCCUGGCUGGCUCAUAUCGAGACCGAGCUGUCCAAACCCAUUGCCUACGACUCCUGCGACUCCCAAGAGAUUCAGAGGAAGCUCGAUCUGCAGCAGGAGCUUCAGCGUGACAUAGAGAAACACAGUACCGGAGUGGCAUCAGUACUGAAUCUGUGUGAAGUGCUUUUGCACGACUGUGACGCCUGUGCCACCGAUGCAGAGUGUGAUUCCAUCCAGCAGGCGACACGCAGCCUUGAUCGCCGCUGGAGGAGCAUCUGUGCCUUGUCUAUGGAGAGGAGAUUAAAGAUUGAGGAGACGUGGCGUUUAUGGCAGAAAUUCCUAGAUGACUUUGCACGAUUCGAGGAGUGGCUGGCCACUUCAGAGAAGACUGCUGCUCUGCCCAACUCCUCUGGUGUCCUUUACACUGUAGCCAAGGAAGAACUUAAGAAAUUUGAGGCCUUUCAGAGGCAAGUCCAUGAAAGCCUAACUCAGCUGGAGUUAAUCAACAAGCAAUACCGCCGCCUGGCCAGAGAAAACCGCACUGACUCUUCCUGUCGGCUGAGGGAGAUGGCCAACGAUGCCAAUCAGCGAUGGGACAACCUGCAGAAGAGGGUGGCAUCCAUCCUCCGCAGGCUCAAGCACUUUAUUAGUCAGAGAGAGGAGUUUGAGACAGCCAGAGACGGCAUCUUGGUGUGGCUGACAGAGAUGGACCUGCAGCUGACCAACAUCGAACACUUCUCUGAGUGUGACAUUCAGGCCAAGAUCAAACAACUCAGGUCGUUCCAGCAGGAGAUCUCACUGACUACAGCCAAGAUCGAGCACAUCUUCUACCAGGGGGGAGCACUGAUAGAGAAGAGCGAGCCUCUGGAUGCUGCUGUCAUCGAGGAGGAGCUGGAAGAGCUGCAGCGCUACUGUCAAGAAGUGUUUGGUCGAGUGGAGCGCUACUACAAGAAGCUCAUGCGCCUUCCUCUUGCAGACGAUGAUACCGAAGUGUCAUUCUCGGACCGUGAGCUGGAGCUAGACGAGCCUGGCGACCUGACGUGCCUGCCAUGGAAUGAGCGUUUGGGCGAUGGCUUCAUGUCACCUCUUCCCUCUUCCGGCCGCUCAGCCUCCCUGGCGGCCCAGCUCCGCACAGAGCGCUCAGGCAGGGACACCCCAGCCAGCGUGGACUCGAUUCCCCUGGAGUGGGAUCACGAUUACGACCUGAGCCGCGGGCUGGAGAGCGCCAGCAGGGCCCUGAGAGAGCAGCAGAGCGAAGAGGGAGAAUUCCUCCAGCGGCCUGCUUCAGCGCUGUCAGAUGUAGUGAUCCCAGAGAGCCCUGAGGCCUAUGUUAAACUAACAGAAAAAACACUGAGGUCCUCCACUGGGGAGGUUGCCUCUACGGACUCACACAUGCACCCUCUGGACGCCAGCCGUUUCCACCUGCAACAAAUGGACAGCAGCCGCAGUCGCACUCCCACGAGUACAGAAAUGGAUGCUUCAUACAUGGGAUACAUGCGACUGCUGGGAGAGUGCCGUGGCAGCAUUGACACGGUGAAGAGGAUGGGCUUUGAGCUAAAGGAGGAGGAGGACACAGUGUCUGGACUGGCUGAUCCCAGUAGCUCAGAGUCCCAGACAUCAGGUGUGAUCGAGCGAUGGGAGCUCCUGCAGGCUCAGGACCUCAGCAAAGAGAUGCGCACAAAGCAGAACCAGCAGCAGUGGCAGCAGCUGAACUCUGACCUGAACAACAUUUGGACUUGGCUGGGAGAGACAGAGGAAGAGCUGGAGCAGCAGCGGAGGCUGGACCUCAGCACGGACAUCCAGACGAUCGAGCAACGCAUCAAAAAACUCAAGGAGCUGCAGAAGGCUUAUGACAAGCGGAAGGCCAUUGUGCUGUCCAUCAACCUGUGCAGCGCUGAGUUUGUGCAGUCAGACACUGAGGAGUCCAGAGAGCUACAGGCCAAACUGAAAGACAUGAACAACCACUGGGACAAACUGGGCAACUCAUUAGAGGAGUGGAGGUCUUCAUUACAGGAAGCUCUCAUGCAAUGUCAAGACUUCCAUGAGAUGAGCCACGGUUUGCUGCUCUGGUUGGAAAACAUCGACCGCAGGAGGAAUGAGGUGGUUCCCAUUGACCCCAUACAGGACAGUGAUACUCUCCAAGAGCAUCAUAAAACACUCACGCAAAUCCGCCAGGAGUUGCUGGAUUCCCAGCUGAAAGUCGCCUCGCUGCAAGACAUGUCCCUCCAGUUGCUGGUCAACUCUCAGGGCAGCGACUGCCUGGAGGCCAAGGAGAAGGUUCAUGUCAUUGGGAACCGUCUCAAACUACUGCUAAAAGAAGUAACCCGAGACCUCAGAGAACUGGCAAAGAUUCUGGACAUCACCAGCAGUCAGCAGGAUCUGUCAUCCUGGUCGUCUGCUGAUGAUCUGGACACGUCCGGGUCCCUCAGUCCUGUAUCAGGAAGGAGCACGCCAAGUCGACGGCGAUCGCAACGGGGCAAAUGUAGUCUGUCACAGCCCGGACCCUCUGUGAGCAGUCCACACCACAGGUCUCGCAGCGACGCUGGAUCCGCUUCCUUCCCUUCUGAUUCAGAGAUGGCGUCGGUUCGUAGGUCCUCGUUUCUGUGGCGCGUCCUCUGGGUCGCGUUGCCUCUCCAGCUCCUCCUGCUCCUGUUAGUGGUCUUAGCCUUCCUGCUGCCAAUGUCUGAGGAGGACUACUGCUCUCAGUCCAACAACUUUGCUCAUUCCUUCUACCCAAUGCUCAGCUACACUAACGGACCACCUCCAGUGUAAGCUGGCUUGAGGAGUGUUUAAUUUCAGUAUUCUUGCAUCAAUAUGAUCUAACUUGGCAUCAUGUUGACUUCCUUUAAAUGGUCAAUCAUUGUGGGGAGCAAAAACUGACCUUUGUCAUCCAUUUGUACAGCAGAAACAAGCUGCCAUCUACAGUUAAAAUCUUUGUGUGUAGCACAUAGGAUCAAGCUCUUCACCAUGUUACCAUGUGUUACAAUGCUGUGUCAGAUAAGGCACAGCUUUGGUGUUACAGGACUAACGAAACACAGAAGUUUUUGCACACAGUUGACGUCUGCUGGAUGAAUGAACUGUUCAAGAUCAACUCAAUGGCGUAAACAUGUUGUAUGAGAGAACUGUCAGUGGAUAGCACCAAAGUUCAAUGCUGAAAUAUAGCCUGUGAAUUUGCUUCUAACUAAAAAAAAAAAAGAAAAAAAAGAGAACAAACAAAGCAUUUAAUAUAUCUUACAUUGCAAUUAUUUUUUUACCUGUAUUUUGGCAUGCAGUUCUAAUCUUUGUUUUUAUUUACCUACAUCCUUCAUUGUGUCUGUGGUAAACGGUCCAUUUUUAACUUGAAUUACAUUGAUUCAUGUAAGAUUCAUUUAAGCCAAGUUUUGUGUGUUUUAAAUCAAAGUCAGGCACAAAUCAAGAGUUUAACCUUUAACAUCUGCCAUCCAUGGUCUUUAUACAUUUUGCUGUUUUAUUUUUAAAAAAUAUCAAAUAUGACUCUAAGAUUGAGAAUUAUGACAUAUAGAACAAUUGUAUAUUUUGUAUGACUGUCAGUUCAGUAUCAAAUGUAUAACAGUCCAGGAUUAUUUAACAUGUGUAUAUAAUGGUAAAAAAGUUAAUAUGAGACAUGUAUGUAUAUGCGACCAUCAGAAACAAUGAAUGCCAAA